UGUACUAGGAGAAUAGCAUUGUAUGUUGAGAUGGGCUUAUCAAGCAGAUUAGCAACGUCGGCGUUGCAGUUUCGUCAUCGCAACCGUCAGGUUCCACGGUCUUCUUUCCUCGCAGUAGGCAAACCGGAUUUCUCAGUUGACCACGUCACUCCGGCACCUGCUAUAAUAAGUAGUAUACUACGAAACGCUGCUAAAGAGAAGACCAGAGUUCCUCUUAUACUGAGAGCUCACUCUACAUCGCUGGAAACAAUAGCCACAACAGCCAAAAUGGUCAAAGCUAUUAGGGUUCACGAGCUCGGUGGUCCUGAGGUUCUUAAGUGGGAGGAUGUUGAAGUAGGAGAUCCAAAGGAAGGGGAGAUCAAGGUGAAAAAUCAGGCACUUGGCGUUAACUUUAUUGAUAUAUAUUUCCGCAAAGGGGUUUAUAAGGCUGCUAGCAUGCCCUUUACACCAGGCAUGGAGGCUGUUGGUGUGGUGAUAGCCGUUGGUCCUGGAUUAACAGGAAGAAAAGUUGGGGAUGUUGUUGCUUAUGCUGGCCGCCCAAUGGGAGCAUAUGCUGAAGAACAAAUCCUCCCUGCAGAUAAAGUGGUGCCUGUUCCUCCGUCUAUUGACCCUAUUACAGUAGCAUCUGUACUUUUGAAGGGAAUGACGACUCAGUUUUUACUUCGCAGAUGCUUCAAGGUUGAGCCUGGACACACGGUUCUUGUUCAUGCUGCAGCAGGUGGAGUUGGCUCCCUUUUGUGUCAAUGGGCAAAUGCUCUUGGUGCAACUGUCAUUGGAACUGUCUCAACUAAAGAAAAGGCAGCCCAAGCUAAAGAAGAUGGUUGCCAUCAUACCAUAUCCUACAAGGAAGAGGAUUUUGUCUCCCGUGUGAAUGAGAUCACAUCUGGAAAAGGAGUGGAAGUUGUUUAUGAUUCUGUUGGGAAAGACACCUUUCAGGGAUCAUUAGAAUGUCUGAAAACACGGGGCUACAUGGUGAGUUUUGGACAGUCAUCUGGAACACCCGAUCCUGCGCAUUUAUCUACUCUUGCAGCAAAAUCACUGUUCUUGACUAGGCCUUCCAUGAUGGAUUACACAAGCACACGCGACGAACUACUUGAAUGUGCUGGGGAGGUUUUUGCCAAUGUUGCAUCAGGUGUGCUAAGGGUACGCAUGAAUCAUACCUAUCCGCUAUCUCAAGUAGCACAAGCUCACGCUGACCUCGAGAGCAGAAAAACAUCUGGAUCCAUUGUGCUCACUCUGGACAAUUAAGCACUAACUACCCAGUGCAGUACUGCAUGUGUUAGAUGUAUGAAAGUCAUUGCCAAUAAUGCUUGUUUGUAUAAUCUUGAUAAAUGUUUGAGCAAGUUAAUAAAUGUGUUCCCUUUCAAUAUUGUUUGAUCUUCCCAA